AUGUCGGACUUCAAUGCUUUGUUGUGUAAGUUUAUGCUUCAGGAGAAAUUACAGGAGCUGACCUUGUGUAGCACCUUCGGAUCUUCAGUCUAUACGCCUGCCAUUCCUCAAGUUGCUCAACGUUUCAAUAUUAGCAUAAUCGCUGCUACGCUACCACUCACUUUGUAUUUAAUAGGCCUGGCUGCCGGUCCAGCCAUCAGUGCUCCCAUCAGUGAAACAUACGGCCGAAGGAUAGUCUACCUGACUCUAUUCCCGGUUGCUCUCCUCUUCACUUUGGGCGCUGGACUCGCGCGAAACUAUGCCACGCUUAUGGUAUGCCGUCUCUUUGCCGGAACGCUUGGAUCUGGAGCACUUGCUAUAGGAGCCGGCACGAACAGUGAUCUCUAUCCACCCCUGACCAGAGCUACUAUCGCGUCUGUGUUUCUACUUGCACCUUUUGCAGGUCCUGCACUUGGUCCACCGGCAGGAGGCUUCCUAACAGAAUUCAGAAACUGGCGAUGGACUCAAUAUGUCAUACUCAUGGUUGGGCUGUUAGCGGUCGUAAUGGGCUUCUUCCAGAAGGAAACAUACAAGAAGAUCAUCCUAGCUCAACGAGCAAAGCGACUCAACCUCCCACCACCUCCGAACCCAAUGGCUAGCAUGAAACCCUUCCAGAAGCUCUACUUCGUCGUUACACUGACACUCUCACGACCUAUACUUAUGCUAUUCACAGAACCCAUUGUCGCCUUUUUAGCUAUUUACACCGCCUUCAACUUCGGUGUGCUAUUCUGCUUCUUCGCAGCCUUCCCACUCGUAUUUCAGAGUCUCUUUCCUCAGAUCCAGAUAUACCACUUCACCAUAGGUGAAGCAGGCCUCGUCUUCCUCGCAAUAGGAAUCGGUUGCGCCAUUGCAACAGUGAUUUUCAUCCUCACUGACAGACUAUACUAUCAACCUCGAGCACGCAAAGAAAUCGAGGUGAACGGCAAAGACCCUAGAAGUCUGCUCCUUGCUCCAGAGAAGAGGGUAAUUAGCGCAGCGAUCGGAAGUUUCCUUCUGCCAAUCAGCCUCUUCUGGUUCGCCUGGACUGCGAAAGCCAAUGUUCAUUGGAUUGUCCCCGUCCUGGCGACAGUCUUCUUCGGAGCCGGCAAUAUGCUCGUCUUCUUCACAGCGGUCAUGUACACAUUAGAUAGCUACGGACCAAUGAUGGGAGCGAGCGCAAUGGCGGCGAAUGGUAUUCUACGAUAUUUGGCUGGGGCGGUGUUCCCGCUGUUUGCUAGGCAGAUGUAUUUGACUUUGGGUGUUGGAUGGGCGACUUCGUUGCUAGGCUUCAUUACGCUGGGGCUGAUGCCGUUGCCUUGGAUAUUAAUCAAGUAUGGGUGGUGGUUCAGGGAGAAGAGCAAAUAUGCCUCGUUUUCGAGGGGGCUGUGA